CAACACGUAUGUAUGCACGUAUGUACGUAGCAGGCAGCCCCUGUGUCCAUUGUCACAUGUAUUUAUUACAGGCGACGCAACGAAGUGGCACGGGAAAGAUAUUACUAGGCGUUCGUUUAUUAUCACAGAUAGUAUCGUCAAGUGAAUUACGGUGGAGUAUGUUGCACGGCGCGUAUCAUCAGUAGUGAUGUACUUCAGGAUUUCACGGAUGGUGGCAACAAUCACCAGAUAUGAACACGUUGGGAUACAAGUACGUCGGUUUUGGGAACAAGAUCGCAAAUCAGGUUAUCCGCGAGUCGCAGCAAAAAGCUCAUCCGAAAAACGAAACGACCUCUGGCACAUUCGUAAUGGCUUUCGUAUACUCGGGGACGAGUUUAAACUCUUCAAACGUGAGGUAAUUGAACACUUGGAAAGUGAUCCGUUGUUGAUAUAUCGAAAGGACGAAAUUGACCUCGCUUGGCGGUUCAACGGUGACAAAAAGUCACUCGACCAAUGGUUUGUCACCGCCGAUAGUGACUAUGAGGAAGGUUACUCAAAUUGCAGCCUGCAAUUGACCAAGUCUGGCAGAGGGCUGUUUUCUGGAUACUUGGACAAACGUGUACCAAAAACAGGAAACAUCAAAAAGGCAGGAUAUUGCAACAUUAAUACUCUACGUGCUCGCAAGUCCUUCAAACGAGAAGGUUACUAUGACUGGCAUCCCUAUAAUCAUCUGGUAAUGCGGGUUAGAGGGGACGGUAGAUCCUACAUGCUCAACAUAUCGACAGCUGGAUACUUUGAUAUAACUUGGAAUGAUGUCUAUCACUAUGCACUCUACACAAGAGGUGGACCUUACUGGCAGUAUGUGAAAAUACCUUUUUCAAAAUUCUUCAUGGCCAGCAAAGGAAGAAUCCAAGACCACCAAGAGCCAUUACCCCUGCACAAUGUAGUUAGCUUCGGAAUUACCGCAGCUGACAAGGUGACGGGGCCGUUUAACUUGGAAAUUGACUACAUCGGAUUGUUAUUUGAUCCAAGUCAUAAGGAAGAAUGUGCGUAUGAAAUGUACAAAACUGACGACUACAUCGCCGGAUAUUGAUGUAGUUGCACAGACAUUAAUCUGUUUUUCCUCCAUUUCAACAGCUCAGAAAUUUCUGUUUGUAAUUAUAAUUCUCCGUGGAGGAAAUCAAAUUGUAGCCAGGUUCACGUAGGAUAAUAAAAAAUCUCAUAAACAUA